AUGGCGAGUAACAAUGGACAAAAUGGUGCCGGCGCCGCGGGAAAUCACGUGCACCAGCAGCAGCAGCCGCCAUUCAUUCCAGUUUCUACGGCCCAGCAGCAGCAAUUUGCGUCCAACCCGCCCCACCAACCGCAAGCCCAGGUCAAUAACGACAUGUUCGUGCAAAUGUUGACCAUGAUGCAGCAGCAUCAUGACAUGUUGGUCCAAUUUGCCCAGCAGCAGCAGCAAUUCACUCAGCAACAGCAGAGGAACGAUGAAAGGCAAGAACGUCUUUUUCAAUCCUUCGCUUCGUCCAUCAAAGUGCAAGUACCACCCAACACGGAACUCAUCCUUGACUCUCUGACCAGCAAUAUCAAGGAAUUCCGUUUCGAAGCCGACUCCAACGUGACGUUUGCUGCGUGGUACUCGAGAUACGAUGAUCUCUUCGAGAAGGAUGCUGCUAAGCUGGACGACGAAGCAAAAGUCCGCCUUUUACUGCGGAAAUUGUGUGCAUCUGAACAUGAGAGGUAUGUGAGUUACAUUUUACCAAAGUUGCCGAAAAAUUUCACGUUUGCCGAAACGGUGGCUAAGCUCAAGAGCCUGUUCGGAGCUAAAGAAUCGGUAAUUAGCCGUCGUUACCGAUGCCUGCAGAUUGCGAAGAAUCCUGUAGAAGACCAUGUGGCUUUCGCUUGCCGAGUAAAUAAAGCUUGCGUGGAGUUUGAGCUUGGCAAGCUCUCCGAAGAGCAAUUCAAGUGCUUGGUCUACGUCUAUGGUUUGAAAUCGGAGAACGGCGUCGAGAUUCGCACGCGCCUUCUCACGAAAAUUGAAGAGCGAAACGACGUGACAUUGGAGCAGCUUUCGGAAAAAUGUCAGCGCCUCGACAACCUCAAACACGACAGUGCGAUGAUCGAAUCUCCGACAACGUAUAACCAAGUGCAAGCGAUUCGCAAGUUUGGUGGAAGGCGGCAUGAUAAGCGUGAUCGACAGUCACCGAAGCGUCCUUCCAGUGACACUGGCAAAAAACCAAAUUCACCUUGUUGGUUCUGUGGUGGAUUCCACUACGUUAGGGAUUGCAGCUACAAAAAUCAUAAAUGCGUUGACUGUAGCCAAACCGGACACCGUGAAGGAUACUGUCAAAGUGCCAAGUUCCGAAAAGCUGGAAGCAGACGCAAGAGACAACCAGUGUCUACGAAGGUGGUGGCCGUCGACGUGUGUAGUGUGGAGCAGCGACGCAAAUUCGUUACCGUUGGACUUUUCGGAACGGAUAUCCGCCUGCAACUUGACACCGCCUCUGACAUCACCGUCAUCAACAGGGAGAUUUGGCGGAAAAUCGGUAGUCCUGCGUUAUCGUCGGCAACAGUGAAAGUGAAAACGGCAUCUGGUAGCAUUCUUGCGAUCGACGGAGAAUUUCAGUACGACGUCACUAUCGGAGACACCACGCUGCAAGCGCUCAUUCGUGUCACCCAAAAUCAACUUCAGUUACUCGGUUCCGAUUUGGUAGAUCGCUUCAAUCUCUGGUCGGUCCCGAUUGAUACCUUCUGCUGCCUUGUGACAGAUUCGCCUACGUCGACGAGUGCACUCAAAUCGUCAUUUCCGGAAGUUUCUCGCGAGAAUCUCGGCUUGUGCACCAAAACGAAAGUGAAGUUGGAGCUCAAAGAACACGUUCGACCCGUCUUCUGCCCGAAGCGUCCAGUAGCAUAUGCGAUGCAUGAAGCCGUAGACCAAGAGCUUGACCGGUUGGAGAAGUUGGACGUCAUCACUCCGGAUUAUUCCGAUUGGGCCGCCCCGAUCGUUGUUGUCCGCAAAGCCAAUGGCUCCAUCAGGAUUUGCGGAGACUACUCAACGGGUCUGAAUGCAGCUCUCCAACCGCAGCAGUAUCCACUUCCACUUCCGUACGACAUCUUCGCCAAGCUGGCAAACUGUAGGAUCUUUAGCCAGAUAGAUUUGUCCGAUGCUUUUUUGCAGGUGGAAGUCGACGAGCAGUACCGUAGUUUGCUGACAAUCAACACACAUCGUGGCCUCUACCUCUACAACCGCCUACCUCCAGGGGUGAAGAUUGCGCCUGGUGCGUUCCAACAGCUCAUCGACGCAAUGCUAGCCGGACUGAAGGGCACUUCUGGCUACCUCGAUGACGUCAUCGUCGGCGGCGAAACGGAGGAGGAGCACGAACACAACCUACGGAAGGUUCUACAGCGUAUAAAAGAAUUCGGAUUCACACUCCGAGUCGAGAAGUGUACGUUUCGCAAGCAGCAAAUCCGAUACUUGGGGCACAUCGUGGAUUGUCGUGGGCUACGCCCGGAUCCGGCCAAAAUCGAGGCGAUUUCAAGGCUGCCUCCUCCAACCGAUGUAUCCGGUGUGCGCUCUUUUCUGGGAGCCAUAAACUAUUAUGGCAAGUUCGUCCCCAACAUGCGCAUGCUACGCUACCCGCUCGACAACCUUCUUAAGCCGGAUGUGAAGUUUCACUGGAGUUCGGAGUGCCAAAGCUCGUUCGAUCAAUUUAAACGGAUUCUCUCGUCGGAUCUUCUCCUCACGCACUACGAUCCAAGGCGGGAGAUCAUCGUGGCUGCUGACGCUACUUCCGUUGGUCUCGGGGCUACCAUUAGCCACAGGUUCCCUGAUGGCACCAUCAAGGUCGUUCAACACGCAUCUCGGGCACUCACGAAGGCAGAACAAGUUUCACAAGAUGCUAUUCGGAAGGCACUUCCGAAUAGCCCACUGCUACGCAUUUUCGGUUCCAAGAAGGGGAUUCCUGUAUACACCGCUAAUCGUCUGCAACGCUUUGCCCUCACCUUGUUGCUCUACGACUUCGAGAUUGAGUACGUUUCCACCGAGAAGUUCGGUAACGCGGACGUGCUCUCCCGCCUUAUCAAUCAACACGUCAAGUCUGAAGAGGACUACGUCAUCGCGAGCCUCGUUGUGGAAGAAGAUCUUAGAAUCGUUGCGCAAAGCACCCAGGCAGAUCCACUGCUCCGCCAAGUUCACCGCUACGUCCAGAAAGGCUGGCCCCAGUCGCAGCUCGAGGGGUCUGAGCUUCGUCAGUUCCAAUCUCGCCAAGAAUCGCUCUCUGUGGUGGAUGGGUGCAUCUUAUUUGCCGAACGACUUGUUAUCCCGUCGCUUCAUCGGAAGCGGUGCCUUGAACAGCUUCAUCGUGGCCAUCCCGGCAUACAGCGUAUGAAGGCCAUCGCUCGAAGCUAUGUCUACUGGCCCUGUAUGGAUACCGACAUUACCAGCUUCGUUGAGUCAGCGACAACGGUACUCAGUUCACCAGCGCAAUUAUUCGCCUAUUUCUGCGCUUCCAACGGCAUCGAGCACGUCACGACAGCCCCGUUUCAUCCGCAAUCGAAUGGCCAAGCGGAGCGAUAUGUAGGCACCUUCAAACGGGCCGUCAAGAAAAUCAGAGAGGGGAGAGGAUCCAUCCAAGAAGCACUGGACAUCUUCCUGCUAACCUACCAAAGCUCGCCCAACCGGGCCCUGUCUGAUCAGAAGUCACCAUCCGAGGUCAUGUUUGGUCGCAAAAUCCGGACGUGCCUCGAGCUUCUGCGUCCACCGCCGAUACGUGCUCCGGUGCCAACGAACGACGACCGCAAGGAACCAAGGACCUUCGGCAAAAAGGACCCCGUAUAUGCCAAACUCUAUGGUCAGAAUGGUUGGAAAUGGGCCCCCGGUGUCGUCAUCGAGAAGAUAGGAAACGUGAUGUACAACGUGUGGGUCGAAGAUCGACGAAUGCUACGCUCUCAUGUCAACUAA